AUGGGCAUGGCAGGUACUGUCGCCAAUGGCGGCGCUCCUCGGCCCUCGAAGAUCCCUUAUUGGCGCCUUGUCUUCGACCAAAAAGUCGUCACCCCGGAGAUCAUCGAUUUCAACUAUGAAGGGUUAGGGACGGAAGAAUCGCCCUAUGUCGUCACCUGGCUUCCUAACGAUCCUCGAAACCCCAUGGCUUUUGGCAGUCUUUCAAAAUGGCUAUAUACCAUUCUAGUUUCCUUCGUGACCCUUACUGUCGCCUUGGUAUCAUCAGCAUACUCAGGAAGUAUAAGUCAGGUUGUUAUAGAGUUUCAGUGUGAGGAAGAGGUUGCAAUCCUCGGUAUCUCUCUAUUCGUUUUGGGCUUCGCCUUUGGCCCCCUACUAUGGGCUCCAAUGAGCGAGGUGUUUGGACGCCGUAAUGUUUUCUCGGUAACAUUUGCGCUUCUCACAGCCUUCAAUGCAGGGGCUGCAGGUUCCAAGAACAUUCAAACGCUGGUCAUCCUUCGCUUCCUGGCCGGAUUCUUUGGAUCGUCACCUUUUGGCAAUGCGGGCGGAACGAUUGCAGAUCUGUUCCCCGCUGCCAAACGUGGUAUUGCUAUCAGUCUCUUCGCCGCGGCACCUCUUUGUGGACCUACUAUUGGCCCUGUCAUUGGUGGCUUUCUCGGUGCCGGGGCAGGCUGGCGUUGGGUGGAAGGAUUUCUGGCAGCCUUUUCCGGCGUGAUGUGGUUAUGCCUUAUCUUCUUCCUGCCGGAGACAUAUGCUCCAGUUCUCUUGCGCCGACGGGCAGAGAAGCUGUCUGAACUGAGUGGCAAGGUCUACCGCAGUAAACUGGAUAUCGAGAGAGGCAAGGUGGCUUUAGGCCAAGCAUUGAAGACCGCCCUGUCACGACCUUGGCUCAUGCUCUUCAGAGAGCCCAUUGUGCUGCUCCUCUGUAUCUACAUGUCCAUCAUCUAUGGAACGCUCUACAUGCUGUUUGCAGCUUAUCCUAUCGUCUUCCAGCAGGCACGCGGCUGGAGUGAGGGUAUUGGAGGCUUGGCUUUCUUGGGUAUCCUAGUCGGGAUGGUGAUCGCAGUCUCUCUCACUAUUCCCGACAAUCUGAAUUAUGCGAAGAAGUGCCAACAAGCCAACGGCCGUUUGCCUCCCGAGGUUCGUCUGCCCCCAAGUAUUCUUGGAGGAAUCGCGUUACCUAUCGGUCUUUUCUGGUUUGCCUGGACCAACUAUCCGUCCAUUCACUGGAUGGCAUCUGUGGCCGCGGGGGCCCCGUUCGGAUUCGGCUUGGUAUUGGUGUUCCUGAGUGUUUUCAACUACCUCAUUGACGCAUACACGAUCUAUGCUGCAUCGGUGCUGGCCGCGAACUCGGCUCUCCGAUCUUUGUUCGGAUUUGCAUUCCCGUUGUUCACGACCUACAUGUACGAAAACCUCGGUAUUCACUGGGCUUCCUCAAUCCCCGCGUUCUUGUCGCUUGCAUGCAUUCCUUUCCCUAUCGUGUUCUACCUGUAUGGUGUUCGCAUCCGCAAGCGCUGCCUCUAUGCUGCCCAGGCAGAGGCAUUCAUGCAGAGACUUGCUGCCGCGGCGCAGCAGAGCCAAGCCCCUCCGCCGGCGAAGUCCGAUGUGGAGAAAGGAGACACUGCCGCUGUGGCUGACAACGAUAACAGUGAUGACAGUGAUAGCGACAGCCUUUCCAGUGUGCCUUCUAGGGGUGCAAUCGAAAGGCGGGCGUCGCGUGCUUCCAAGAAGUCCGCUCGCUCUCUUGCUCGUACAGUCACAUAUGAGGAGAAUCCGUAUGAUAUUGAUCGAGUCAAUACUUGCAACUCUACUAUCAGCGGCCGCCCUAGGAAGAAUUCGACUAAGGCAUGA